AUGUGCAAUCCUUUAGCGAAGAGAAAAAUGGGGUUCGACAUGGGUAUGCUCGCAUCAUAUAAUCCAAGCCUCCAUUAUCUCAGGGAAACCUGUGGUUUUAACAAAAGAAGAGCACAAUUGGGUGCAAGUGCUACUUCAGCAUUCUUUGCUGCAGCAUGCAGUUUGCCGUCAAAACACAUACAUGUAGCCUCUAUAAAAAGUGGACAUGCUAGCACCUCCCUGGAGUGUGCCCUUGAAAUUCUGAAAUCAAGAGGACCCCUUGGAUUCUUUUCAGGAUUUUCUGUUUGUCUUCUCCGUGCAGCACCUCCUAUCAUGACUACAUGGUUAGGUUUAGAAAGGAUCCGGGAACUCGAAUGGUCAAUUGGACUGUAG